AUGUACUUACGCGCAAGCCUAUGGAACGGGACCCAGUGGCUCGGGCCAGUUGACUGGAGUCAGGGUCCGUUUUUUGCUAAUUACCGUCAAUUUGAGAUUAUUGGAUGCCCUUACGACAAUUCGAAACCUCAAGAUCAAUGCAUGUCGUCUAAUUACCCUUGGAACGCACCUGAUAAGUGGCAGCUUGAUCCGAGACAACAAAAGUUGUACGAGGAUUAUACGAUGAGAUACAAAACUUACGACUAUUGCAUGUCCAAAUAUGUGGCAGACUUCCCAGAGUGCAUGAUUUCAUCAUGA